CUCAACUCGAGCUUAACCAUACUACUUGAACGUUUAGUUCCAUUAAUUGGUCUACAGCACCGGAGCGCCGUGUCUCCAGUCAGUGCUCUGUGGGUCGUACAGUUUAUCUGUUACGUUAUAAAAAUAUAUCUGACUGGAGCUGAUCCUUCCUUGUAUCUCUUCUAAGUCAAUAAUUUAUUAAAAAUAUAACCAGUUGCCAAAUUGCGGUUUCAUUUCCACUGCAGAAAGAGGGUUUUUAUCAUGGCAUUCGUUGAAUAUGAAAUUACCUUUAAAAUACUGGGUAUUCUCAUAGGUUUGAUCAUUACAUUUUAUGUUUAUUUGAAAUAUUAUGUUUACACAUAUUGGACGAGACUCGGUAUCGCCCAAAUAGAACCCAGCGUACCGUUUGGUACUUUGCACGAUGCGGUUAUGGGGAAGACGUGCAUUGGAGAAUUGUUUGGCAACGCAUACGCAAAAUUAAAGCAGAAUCGCGUAUUCGGCAUGUAUAUGAUUUACAAGCCAAAUCUAGUGAUCACCGAUCCCGAUCUCAUUCGCAUUGUACUAGCUAAGGAAUUUUCGCAUUUUCACGAUCGCGGAUUAUUCUGCAACGAAAAGGUCGAUCCUCUCUCGGCUAAUCUCGUGAUGUUGGCUGGAUCGAGAUGGCAAAACCUACGUAAAAAAUUGACGCCUACUUUCACGUCGAAGAAAAUGAGAGAAAUAUUUUUGAUCCUGAGCAAGAUUGGAACAGAGUUGGGAGCUUAUCUCAAUGAUAAUGCAAAAGACGGAGGACUGAUUGAGAUUCAUGAUUUGAUGGCAAGAUAUAGCACAGACGUUAUAGCGUCUACCGCUUUUGGAAUAGACAGCAAUAGCAUUCGUGAUCCAAAUAACGAAUUUCGAUUUUGGGGCCGCAAAGCCUUUGCUCCGCAGCCGUUUAAAAAUGCGAUGAUUUUAUUUGCACCCGGUAUAAUGGACUGGUUAUCAAUUCCUGAUACCCCACCUGCUGUUUCCGAAUACUACAUAAAUCUGUUCAAGAGGACACUCGAAUACAGAAGGGAGAAUAAUCUUGGCAGAAAAGACUUUUUCAAUUUGUUGAUGCAACUCAUGGAGCAUGGUUACAUUCAAAACGACGAUACGAAAUCCUCACCGGAUUCAGGAAACGUUAGAGAAGCUAAGAUGACGCUGUUGGAAGGUGCGGCACAAGCUUACAUAUUUUUUUUGGCUGGCUUUGAAACUUCAUCUUCGACAGCAACGCAUUGUUUAUACGAACUGGUAUGCAAUCCGGAUAUACAGGAUAAGCUGAGAGAGGAAAUUCAAACUGUUUUGCGAAAACACGGUGGACUCACGUAUGACGGUAUAAACGAAAUGAAGUAUCUCGACAAGGUGGUCUCUGAAACUUUAAGAAAAUAUCCAUCGGUCCCUGUACUCAAUAGAGUUUGUACGAAGGACUUUAGUCUACCAGAUAUUAACUUACGCGUAAAGAAAGACAUUCACAUUGUAAUUUCGGUUUUGGGGCUGCAUCACGAUCCUGAUUAUUAUCCGGAACCCGAAAAGUUUGAUCCUGAGAGAUUCAGCAAGGAAAACGUGUCUGCUAGACAUCCUUGCGUUUACUUACCAUUCGGCGAAGGUCCCAGAGUUUGCAUAGGUAUGAGAUUCGGACUUCUGCAGACAAAAGUUGCUCUCGUUAGCGUUCUCUCGAAAUUUCGUUGUCUUGCUGCACCGACUACUCCGAAGAAAUUGAAAUUUGACAUUGGAAACAUUUUACUCUUGCCCGAGAAAGGAGUUGAGAUUAUUGUUGAAUCUCUGGACAGUCCGUUAAACGUGGAUGAAAGUAACGGUUGGAUAAAAGAGAACGGUUGUCUUGUGAAAAAAUUUUAUUUAUAUUAUUUGAGUUUAAUUUUUUUUAAUAAUCGAUCAAUCAUGUCGUGGAUCUGGUCGAUUUUGUUUGACACGAAGUUUCUUCUAUUGGGGACAUUGAUUAUUUCGAUUUACUUGUAUAUGAAAAAAGUGGUUUAUAAUUAUUUCGAAGCAAGAGGAAUUCCAUACGAAAAACCGAUCGUUCCCUUCGGCAGUGCUCACAUACUUUUUGUUCGACGUACAACAUUCGGUGAAUUAUUUGCUAAUUCUUACAAAAAGUUCAAUAAAUAUCCUUAUCAUGGUAUUUUCAUGUUGAAUGUACCGAACUUGGUUAUUAAUGAUCCUGAGAUCAUUCGUCUCGUGCUCAAUAAGGAUUUUGCUAAGUUUCAUGAUCGCGGAUUAUAUUUCAAUGAGAAAGCCGAUCCGCUUUCCGGUCACUUGUUCGUCCUCGGUGGUGAGAAAUGGAAGAGGCUGCGCGCCAAAUUGUCGCCAACUUUUACAUCUGGAAAAAUCAAACAAAUGUUUCCUGUGGUCAGCGAGUGCAGCCAAUUGCUCGCAGAACACAUUAAUGAAAGCAUGAAGACGGAUAGUGACUUUGAGAUAAAAGAUUUGCUAGGAAGAUAUUCCACUGACGUCAUCGCGAGCAUAGCUUUUGGUUUGGAUAGCAGAUGCUUAAAAGAUCCAAACAGUGAUUUUCGAAAAUAUGGCAAAAAAAUUUUCACCGGACAGACAAUCCGAACGUUCCUGUUCAUAUUCACUCCGCGUCUUGUUGAUCGGUUGGGAAUUAGGCUUUCGCAGUCGGAUGUCAAUGAAUUCUUCAUCAAGACGUUCACAGAAAUGGUCCAGUACCGAAAAGACAAUAAUAUAGAACGAAGCGACAUGCUGAAUUUACUGAUACAGUUGAUGGACAAAGGUUACGUUGAAUCUGAUAACGUAAAGACUGAUAAGUCAAAUGGAGAGGUCGACACGCGAAAACUCGGUUUACUCGAAGCGGCAGCACAGGCCUUUGUAUUUUUCAUAGCUGGAUUCGAAACAUCAUCUUCCACUGUUACAUACUGUCUUUAUGAAUUAGCACUUAAUCCAGAAAUUCAAGAGAAAGUUAGACAAGAAAUUGAGACUACGAUAGAAAAAUACGGUGGCCUCACAUACGAGUCUUUGACCGAUAUGACGUACCUGAGUCAAGUACUUGAUGAAACUUUGAGGAAAUAUCCGACGGUUCCUGUACUCAAUCGACAAUGCAACGAGGAUUUCAUGGUGCCCACGACAAGGCAGAUAAUUCCGAAAGGAUUGAAUAUAGUUAUUCCAGUUCAGGGUCUUCAUCAGAAUCCGGAAUUAUACCCUGAUCCAGAAAAGUUCGAUCCUGAUCGUUUUAGUAAGGAAAAUGCCAAAAAAAUUCAUCCGUUCGCCUACUUGCCUUUCGGAGAAGGACCCAGAGUGUGCAUUGGAAAGAGAUUUGGACUUAUACAGUCGAAGAUGGCCAUAAUUUCCCUAUUGUCCCGCUUCCGAUUGUCACCCUGUGCAAAAACAACAAUUCCUGUUGUACAUUGUCGUAGAAAUUUGGUGAUGACUCCGCAAGAUGGAGUCUAUUUGCGAUUCGAUCCGCGAUAAGAAUGAGAGAUAAGCCCGCCUUAUUGUACAUAAGCUACUGCAUAUCUGUAUAUUUUAGUUUAGUACUAGUUCAUAAUUUUAAUUGUAUUUUCAAAAUUUCCUACAACGACUGCGCUACUCUUUUGUGUUGCUACUACUUUCUAAAUUUAAUUAUCAUUUAUAAGUCAUUUGAUAAUUAAUAAAACAUUAUGAG